GUGUAUCCCAACCCCUGGUUCUUGUACGCAAUAUACCUGCAAUUGCCUCGACUGUUAUAUUGGGCAGACAUGUGCAACAUAUCUUGAUCCAUGUUCGACUAAUCCGUGUAUAAAUGGCGGCACGUGCAUGGCCACCUCUUGUAAUACAUAUCAGUGUUCGUGUCUCGGUUGUUACACCGGCACCAACUGCCAGGAGUUACUCGACCCGUGCUCUCCAACGAACCCAUGUUUUAACAGUGGAACAUGUACUGCCCUGAGCUGUACAGACUACCAAUGUCAGUGCUAUGGAUGCUGGACAGGGGAGAGGUGCAGUAACUUUUUAAAUCCAUGUGAUACCAACCCGUGUCAAAAUGGGGGUUUCUGUAUCACAGAAAGUUGUACACGAGUAUAGAUGUAGUUGUUCUGGAUGUUACACGGGAGACAACUGCGCUACGGAACUCAACCCAUGUCUUACCCAACCAUGUCUAAAUGGCGGCACGUGUACAAAUCUUGGAUGCACAAACAGAUACUGUGAGUGUGCUGGAUGUUACUCUGGAAGCAGUUGUGAGAUACUUCUUGACCCAUGUUCGACAAAUCCGUGUCGCAAUGGGGGUGUAUGCAAUGCGAUAGGGUGUUCACAGUACCAGUGCGCAUGUACCGGCUGCUACACCGGGGUAAACUGCGAAACAUUACAAGACCCGUGCUCGAAUUCACCGUGUUAUAAUGGCGGAACUUGCGUGCAGGUAGCAAACUCAUGUACGAAUUACCAGUGCAUGUGCGUAGGCUGCUAUUCUGGUAACAACUGUCUCACGCUACUGAAUCCAUGUUCGGGAAAUGUAUGUCUAAAUUCUGGCAUGUGUACUCAACUGACAUGUACAACUUAUCAGUGUACCUGUACCGGAUGUUACGUAGGGGAUCGAUGUGAAAUACUUUUGAAUCCAUGUGGAAAUACUCCUUGUCUGAAUGGGGGAACCUGUAAUGCCAUUGGGUGUACCAGUUACUCUUGUUCGUGUUCCGGAUGUUACAUCGGAGAAAACUGCCAAACACUCCAAGACCCGUGUUCUGACAAUCCUUGCAUAAAUGGAGGUCAGUGUAUAGCGACAACGUGUACAUCUUAUACGUGUGUGUGCAGUGGUUGCUGGGAAGGAGCGAACUGCCAGACGGCUAUAAAUCCGUGUGCCGUUAAUCCGUGUCGAAAUGGCGGCCAGUGUAACCAGCAAAUCGGCGGGGCGUGUACAGCGUACACGUGCGCCUGUUCGGGGUGCUGGACAGGUCUUCAGUGCGAAACACUUCUGAAUCCUUGCCAGCCGAACCCCUGUUUGAAUUCAGCAUUCUGUCUGCAGCAGACAUGUACAGACUAUAGAUGUUCAUGUGUCGGAUGCUUCACUGGAGCCAACUGCGAAACUGGUAUGUAG